AUGGUUCGCCUUUUCAAGCGCUCAUUUUGCUUGAGGUCCUUCACUGACAUCUCGCUAUCAGGGUCUCCUGAUCGGUCGCAAACGAUCAGAGAUUGGGUCUCACCUCUUGGUGACGGUUUUCGUGUCAAGCAGAAAGAUGUGCUGAAGAGCGCUGGCUAUGUAUCUGGUGCAGAUCGUUUUUUGGAGUCGUCGGCAUUCCGUCAUUGGAAAGACGGUCGAGAGCCAGUUCUAUGGUGCUCUGGCAUGCCUGGCGUGGGUAAGACUGUACUAGCCGCUUUCGUAUCUGAAGAUCUCUACAAUUCACUUGACCGUCAGUCGAAGACAGUAAUAACGAGCAUCUAUUGUGACUACAAGCAACAGUCUGAGCAAACACCUGAGAACCUUUUUGCAAGUCUGGUGCCGAAAUAUCUCUUGGAUGAAAACAAAAUAUUAAUGAAAGCCCUGGAAAAUCUUUACACCAAUUGUGAACGCGGCCUCUUAAAUCUUGAGCUCGAGGAUAUCCAACGCUUCGUCAGGCUGGCUUAUGCAGAACUUGAUGAAGUUUAUAUUGUCAUAGACGCUCUUGACGAGAUGCUGGACCUCAAUCGCGCACAGUUUCUACGUAUCAUUGACCAGUUUUCAACCCGUGAAUUGGGUGGCCGAGACCCAAAAUUUCGUCUCUUGAUCACAUCUCGUUACAGCAAGGAUCCGCCAUUCCAGGACUCCUUUGAACAAGAGAUCUACGCUAAUGAUACCGAGAUUGAAGACAUGGUCAAACGAUACAUUGGAACACCGGAUCUGUUUGGGAGCUUCAGCAUGUCAGCAUCUUUUCGACAGCGCCCAGAUAUGCGAGAAAAGACAGUUAGCUCAGUUGUCUCUCAAGCUGAUGGUUUGUUCCUAACCGCCAAGCUACACUUGAAUUCCCUGUAUCAUCUUUUCAACAUUCGUCUGCUCGACGAAGCGCUCCAGAAGCUGCCAAAAAGCAUUCACGAACAUUACCAGAAGGCCUGGGAUAGAGUCACGCAUCAGGAAAAGUGCCAAAAGGAGCUAGCAGAGCAAGCGAUGUGGUGGCUUUGUCUUGCGACUCGCCCUCUCACCGACCAAGAGCUCUGUCAUGCCCUCGCUGUACAACCUGGAGAUUCUUCUGUAAACAACAACAACCUUUCGGAUAUUGAUGAUAUCAUAAAGUCUUGUAAAGGUCUCAUCGCGAAGGAUGCGCAGAGUGGUGUGGUCCGGCUUGCGCACUCCACCGUUCAGAGCUUUCUAGAAACCCAGAUUCAAGAGAGUUCCGAAGACGUUGGCGCCUUUUUGACUACAAGAUGCUUGACCUACCUCCGAAUCAAAGAGUUCAGUUCUAGGGUGUGUGAUUUUUUCAGCCCUUCGACAACGGAGGUCGAUUACAAGGUCAAAGGAUACAAAAGGGUCGCUAAACAAAGAUUUCUUUCCGAAAGGCUACGAAUGUAUCCCUUGCUGGACUAUGCUGCCAAGAGCUGGGGCAUUCACGCCCGCGGUAAGCCAGAGGUCUUGCUCCAGAAGCAGAUUCUUGAUUUCUUGACUUCAGGUCGGCCCUUGCGUAAUGCUCUUAUGGUACAAUACCAGCGAAGAUGCAGGAUUCCUCACCAGGAGCUUCCUAUCGACCUUCAAGACAUAAUACCUCUACAUGUCGCAAUCGGAUUUGGUUUGACCACCAUUACAGAAGAAGUGUUGAAGUUUUGGACCUUUGAGCAGAGCAAGCUGGAGAGUCUUGAAGGGGUACGCGCGCUCUACUGGGCAGCAUGGUCAGGAAACAAGGUUAUAGUAGACUCUUUAUUGAGGUUCGGAAUAAAGCCUGAGAUUUCCAAUGAGCCAACAUCCUUCAAUGCCUUUGGCUAUAGCAUUGUCUACGGACACAAGGAAGCCAUAGACGCGUUUCUGGAUCACGGAUAUGGGGUUGCAGGGAGUGCGCCUUGCCAAAUUCAUCUGGCGGUUUGUGCUCAGGAAAUUAGAGUCUUACAAGCAUAUUACGAUUCUCAAAAAGAUAGGGCAGCAAGACUUUUGGAUCUGAAUAAGAUCUUGCGCAUUGCCAGUCAGCUUGGGGGACCGACUGUUCUCGAGUGGGCAUUGAGUUUGGGCGCUCAGAUUGACGCGCAGACUGAAGAAUUCGAUGCGCCAAUUCAUGAGGCCGUCACAUAUGGCCGCACUGACUUUAUGCAAUCUCUCAUUGCACAUAACGCUGACAGAGACUGCCGAAAUGCAAGGGGUUUCAGUCUACUACAGAGCGCAGCGGCGAAUCAGCAGAUUUUCUGGACUCGUCUAAGUUUUGCGAAAUUCUUCCAUGAAGCCCAUUCAAUUUCCCCUUCCAUGAUUCGUCCUGACAUCCUUGAGUUCCUAGACUGCACAAAAACGUGCUUUCAGGAGGCUGCCUGCUCAGCGAAAUCGGCCAUCGACAAAGCAUCCUUCUUUCACCAGCUUAUUGAACAUUCAGACUUCCUCGAGCUCGUCUUCGAAGAGUCUCAAAGUCGAGAGAUGAUCCGUAUUCUUCUCGCCAACGGCGCUGAUAUCAAAGAACGCACCGCGAGUCAGGAAACUUUGCUACAUCUGGCGGCCCCAAGUGUCGCAAGAAUGAAAGAGCUUCUAGAGUCAUCUGCGAAUUACUACGAUCAUCGAUUUGACGUCAACGCAAGGGAUCAGAACGGCAGGACACCACUGCAUCAUGCCGCCGCCGCCGGUUGCGCAGAAUCCAUGGAGUUCUUGAUCGAACGUGGAGCGGACCCCAAAGCAGUAGACGACACAGGUGCAACAAUAACUCAUCUAGCUAUCUAUGAUAUUGCCAGUGUCAUGGCUGCUUUGGAUGCUGGCUGUGACGUCAAUGCCUUGGAUAAUUGGCAUAGGACACCCUAUCACUGCGCAUCACUGGCAGAAAAGCCUAGCAGCGAAGUGCUUAACUUUCUGAGCAAUCAUCUUGACGUUGAUCCGCUGAUCCAGGAUGCGUUUGCGAUGACUGCAAACGGCUACUUAGAAAAGACCGAGGAUAUUGAGGUAGAAAACGCGAGAGACGAAAUUGUCAAAUCCCAGAGGAAUGUCAACGAAAAGCAUCUUGAUCCAAAAGCGUUCACAGAGAGAAGUAGCUGGAAUAAGGAUCUGUUCUCGCGAGUGCUUCACAAAGCCGAAAUUGCCCGUUCACUGGGUGACUGCAAGUGGGAAGAUGAGUACGCGUACUUCCUUGUCAAGGCAAUGUCUCAAAGAAAGUACAAAGAAGUUCGAGCGUGGGAAGUCGUCGAGAGUUUCGAGGACGAGGAUUACGUGCCGCUGUCAGAGGAGGAAACUUGGAGGCUCGAGGACGGACCGGGUGACUUCAGGUCAAGUGGUAAACCGGGCGAAAGCGUGCCCCGUUUGAAAACUAAGACUUGGCUUGCUGAACAAGCACCAAUCUUCGGGAAUUUUUUCCACCAGUUAGAUCUUUAUUUAGCCUCUGGCGGAAAGGCAGAGAAUUUCAGGUUCCGGUGA